GUGGGUGUUAAGGACAUACUGGAGUGCAUUAUACUGACAGGUGCUCCUAAUAAUCUGCUUCUUUUGUUAAUUUAGAGGGCAUACAAUGAAUGUGACUUGCAUAAUCUUUGCUCUGUGCACACAAAUAUUAAAAAAAAACAAUGUCUUUAUUUACAAAUACAAUAACACAUAAUACCAAUGGAGGUAGGUUUUCCAUUAUUCCCACGAGAAACAGUGUGCAAUGGUAAAUGUCAGUUAUAGGGAUGCUUUCCAUGUUUGCCCCACCAGACAAUGCGACUGUCAUGGUGGCCUAAAAUUACACUUUAACAGACUGAGCAAUUGUUGUCUUAUUUAACACGAUGUGCUUUGUUAUAUUCCUCUAAAUCCAUACCCUGUGAUGACAGUCUGCUUUGUUCUUCUACAUAAACUCUCCUCUGCAUAUUCCCCAUCUGUUCGUGUUGCUGCUAACACUGCUCCUUAUCGUAAAGCGCACUCUGGCUAACUAACUACUUAUCGUGCUUUUGGCUGCACGUCGUGAGGAGAUAACAAAAUAGCAAUGUAAUUACACAAAAUACGUUCAGUUGGAAUAACGGAGAAGCCGUGACACUUAAAGAACAAAGACACCAUCAGAGUGCGAUGUUAGCUUAUUAAACGGUACUAGUUUGGUCGAAGAGCAAACACUACAAGCUAGCUAAUGUUAGCUUUUCCAGUUUAACGCCGGCACACUUCAUGUAAUAUUCACAAAAAGCGAACGACAGCUGCUUUCAAGGAGAGGAACGUGUUUUUCAAUCGAUUCCUGACUGUAAGGAUGAAGAGGUCGGUGGGAUGCAGACUUCCUAGUUAAGGUUAGCAGAAGACACCUCUUUACCUUUGAGUGGAGAAGCGAGCGCCAUGAUGACUUCUGAAAUCAACACGACCCGAUCUCACCGCCGCACUGCCCCGACUGAGCUGACCAAUGCGAACACGGGCUUCCACGGUCACGCCUAUUCAUCGAUAAACCCCACAAAUCAAAGAAAAAACAUACAAAAAUGCGCUUUAUCGAAACAAACUCGGUCAAAGAGGUAAUCGGUUCGACCGUCACUCAUACAGGAAAUCGACCAGUCGUUCGAGAACGUCUGCGUUACUAGGCAACCGUUAUGUCCAUCUUCGCUAAAUGACGUUCCUUUAUGACGAUUUUCUCUCCAAAAAAUGUUUUAAAUCAUCGUAUACAUUUUUAUAAAGCAGGAGAAUACGUCCACAAAACAACUGGUGCAACUUUUAGCCAUGUUCCAGUAGUCUGUUUACUUUUUGUUGACAGUUGGUACACAAAAGUAGAAACUAGUACACAAAAUGAGAAAAUAAACUAUAAUUUAAAGAGUUUGCAAACUCAGUAGAAAUCUGUUUGGGUUUUACAUGGGCUAUUUUGUUGUUUUACCAAACAGAUAUUGAAGUAAAGAUGUUAGAGAAGCAGAGUGGCUUUAGUUGAGUGACUGAUACCAUGGCCUCCACAUUCAAAAGGUUAAAUGAGUACAAGUCCAGUUCACUUGUUUUAUUUAAUAAGAAAAAUAUCACGGUUUAACUUUAAUUUGACUUUGUCUUUUUCACUUAAUGAUUUUUUUUAGUUCCCUGGAAAGAUAAAUUUGAGAACAUGACUGUACAUGUUUAGGGCCGACUGGGCCUUUAAAAGUGCCGUCGUAUGACAUCCCACGUGACAGUACGGUUGCAGCCGUGCUGCCUUCAGGCUCCCCCCGUCUUCAGAAAACUUAUUACACAAAUCCAAUCUAGUUAAACUGGUAGCUCUUUAACUGGUAGGCCAUAUUUGAUACAUACUUUUAUGGUACUUCUAUCAAAUUAAUAUGAUCAAGAAAUAACAAAAAAAAAAAAAAAAAAAAACACGAGAACACAGUCCAAUAAAUGAUAAAAUUGUGGUCUAUCAGUUUCCAAAAACAUCUAACGUAUCAAACAAGAUAAACAAGCUGUUUGUUAAAUUUUAAGGACAUUUUAGUUUUAUUGUUUUUCAGUAGUAAGUGAAAUAAACAUUUCAGCUCCAAAAAAAAAAAAAAAAAAAAAGAAUUUUCUGGCCAUAAUUUGUAGUUCCAGGCAAAUGUCUCAUUAACAUCAGUUCAAACAAACAAAAAUCUUUAUUUUUAACUACUUCUUUUAAUAAACACAAAAUGACUGUGCUUGGUGGAAAGAACAUGUGUAAAAGGCAACUCCACUGCCAUUCUUACCGAUGAAAUGAGUGCGGGUGAGUGUCCACAGUCGCAUACUCAAAAUCUUGACCGAUUUGAGUACGUCAUCCGGGUACUUUUGCAUACUCAAUUUUUGCAUACUAUCCAUACUUUUUUCCAUUUUGAGUUGAGUAAAGUCAAAAUCUUAAGUAUUUAGUAUGGAAGUAUGAGAUUUGGGACACACCACAGGUCCCCCAAAACAAAGAUUUAUGAUUGGUCAGGAUAUAUCUAUUAUUCCACAAGGGUAUAUUCCAGUAAAGGAGAACUUGUUGGUGAUAAUCUGAAAGUUUCACAGGCAGUUUACAUAUAUCACAGACACAACGCAACAAAAAAUCAUUUAACGUUGUGGUUGUUGAGUUUCCCUCUAAAUUCCUACGCUAGAACUGGGACCCUGAAUGCAACACUAUCGUCAAAUACAUUAAACCUCUUGCUAAGUUAACAAACUGUCCCAAAUUCAUCCUUGGUGGGAAACUGUUUACAGAUUGCACAACUUUGUUUCACCUCGGGAUAAUUCCUGGUCUUAAUUACGGUGGAAUGUUAUGAAAUUUACCUAUGACCUUUCACCUCAGACCAUGUUUGUUCGCAGCAGUAAUGGACGGAAGCUUUGACCCACCUUGCAGCAGCAGCAGCAGCAGAAGAGGCCGUAUGAGUUCAACACAACUGCUGCGACUGUGGAGGCGGAACCGGAGUGACAUGACCCCCUCACAGGUAAGUUUAAUCGGUGUGUUUCAUAAUCAAUGUGCUUUUUUGAUUUCCUAUCACUUGUGUUGUUAGCCACAUUAGCUGGUUAGUGCACACACCCCACGGUACACACUGACAUUGCACGUGCUUCCUCUUUGCUUCGCCAGCUGUUGCAAAACAAUAAAAAUGUCUGGUUAUCACUCAGGAUGAUCACACGGACAUGUUAGAGAGCUGUACCAGGUUUCCAAUGAGAAAUUCAACAUUUAAAAAGACAAUGAUUAAUAAGGGGUUUGAUAUUUAGACACCAGCUGCAGUGAAGGCUCCAUGCCUCGCACACUUGUGUACAUUUUGUUCUAGUCUGCAUGCUGGUCCAUGCACUCAGUCUUGCCCUCUUUCUACAGUAUUUUCAUACAGCAGAGAUCUUCACCAAAGCAUGCAGUUUCCGCGUUGAUCCAGGCAGUUACACGAACCUGCAUUCUCCUCUGUGGAUCAUGUGUGAUAGGUUUUGCUGAUAGCGCAGGUCAUGCAGACAAUGCUUUGCGCUGUGACAUGUCUGUCAGGUCUAUCAGGUUUUAACUUGUACUCUAAUCAUGGUAGACAUUUAAGUCUUUUAGGUGAAGUAAGGUACGCCAGUAUUACACCUAGUGUAAUGCAGCAGUGAGGAAUGUGUAAAGGGUUAAUGAAGGUCUGAAUGAAUUAGAAGAAGCUCCUACACUGUGGACUCUAGUGAACAGAUGUCUUGUUAUCUACCAUCUGUAACAAUACGUGGUAUAAUAACCUCAUAAUACAAAUUUACAAAGGUCUUAAUCUUGUUGCAGUAGUUAGUCAGGACUAGGGCUGGGCGUUAAAACGAUGACGAUAUAUAUUUUAAAUUAAUAUCCCUCAAUAUCAAUAUAAAACAUGGUUGAUAUCCUUUAUAAUAGUCGGCAUUCUGCCAUGUUUUGGUAGACUAUACGAAUAGUCAAUGAAAAGGGGAGUCGCUCCGGGUUUGCUUCACGCUGAACCAAUCAUGUGCUAAAUUAGAGCCAACCACGCGCAAUGCAAAAGGUUACAAACCCCAACCGGAGCAAGGAGCCCACAGCGCCUGUGCAGCCGAAACAGCUGACCAUUCAGUUGGGUUUCUCUAGUGCAAUGCCUUACGACAAAGAACCUCACAGAUGCAGUAGCUCAUUGUAUUGAAAAAGACAUGUUACCAAUAAGUACUGUGAAAUUUAUGUCACGAUAUAUAUCAAUAUCGCCCAGCCCUAGUCAUGACUCAAGGACUGAAGCAGGCAUGAGGAGGAUUGAGAAGGUCAUCAAAGCCCCAGAGACGAGUUUUUUAAUGUUUAUGAAAUACAAUGAAAUCCAUGUUGAUGCGUUCUUAUGACAAACAAAAGCAAACCAGACCAUCAACGACAAAACUGAUGAUUUUCAUACUUUAAUUUUUAAACCUUAAACAGGUGUGAGGGGGAGGUGUUAAUGAAGAACCAGUGCUGGUUUACAAUUUCCACAUUAAAUAUUCAUGAUUAAAGACACACAUGACUGCCGAAAAGCAGCAGGUAGAGAUUUUCUGUCAAAAGUUACUACUCAAGCAUCGAGAGGACACGAUAAGCAACGAUAACUUUGUCUACAGGGGGCGCCAUACCGACACAAACUGGUAGUUCCUCAAAGUAGCUUUAAAGGGAUAUUCCGGCAUAAAAUUAAUUUAGGGUCAAACACACCAUAACACUGAGUUAGACACCUCGAGAGAUGAAUGUUGCCGACCGCUUGCUUCUUCAGUUAUACCAACUUCAGUAACGACCGCAGGAUAGCGAUACACAGCGGUCUGAGGAGCCAUAAACAAACCUCAACCAAAACGCCACUCUAUAGCCACAAAUAAUGGAAUAUCCCUUUAAAAAUCUUGCCACAUUUUCACUUUUUUUGAAGGUUGAAUAAUAUCACCAAAACAUUGUUUUUUAAAUCAACAGAGCAUAGUUAUUAUAACUGUAGCCUCUCUGUGUGAACUGCAUUGUCCAUGCAGUGGUCUUAGUGCGCAGAUAUGUGGUGAUAAUGAGGCGCUGAAAUCAAUAAAUAAACACUUUGUAGGUUAUUUUGUCUGAACUUCACUCAUGCAGAAUGUUCUUGGUUGCAGGAGUGAUGGACAUUGGAUGGUUAAUAGCUGCAGGUUCGAGGCUUUAGGGGUGCAGCACUGGCCUGGCUGGCACCAUGCAGCAGAAAGGCGCGAUCAAAAUCAUAGAAUGGGAGGACCUGGACAAGAGGAAGUUCUACUCCCUGGGUGUGUUCAUGACCCUGACCACCAGAGCCACGGUCUACCCGGCCAGCCUCAUCCGCACCAGGCUCCAGGUGCAGAAGGGAAAGGCCCUCUACUCCGGCACCUUCGAUGCUUUCUGCAAGAUCCUGCGAGCUGAAGGCGUGCGAGGCCUCUACCGUGGAUUCAUGGUCAACACAUUCACCCUGGUCUCAGGACAGGCUUAUAUCACCACCUAUGAACUGGUGCGCAAGUAUGUGUCCCACCACUCGCCCAGUAACACAGUGAAGUCAGUGGUUGCAGGAGGGGCUGCAUCCCUGGUGGCGCAGACCAUCACUGUCCCCAUAGAUGUGGUGUCUCAGCACCUGAUGAUGCAAGGACAGGGCGAGCACCUGACUCGCUUCAAGGCCAAACCCAAGAUGAUGCUUGCAGCAAGUAAGCGCAGACUGACUUUCGGGCAGACCCGGGACAUUACAGUGCAAAUAUUUGCAGAAGAUGGCUUCAGGGGGUUUUACAGAGGCUAUGUGGCGUCUUUGCUCACGUACAUCCCUAACAGUGCUCUCUGGUGGCCUUUUUAUCACUUUUAUGCAGGUAAGACAGUCAGGUAGUUGUGGAUUAAUAGCUACAUAGAUGUAAGACUGUGACAGAAAUCUCGUACACAGCUCUGACUGUCUUAGUUUAAGAGCUUUCUACAAAUAUACUCACUCUGUUUUGUCUUCCCUUUGUGUCCUCAGAGCAGCUUUCCUAUUUGGCACCCAGUGAGUGUCCCCAUCUGAUUCUGCAAGCUUUGGCCGGACCAAUGGCAGCAGCGACCGCCUCCACCAUCACCAACCCCAUGGAUGUUGUUAGAGCACGAGUACAGGUAGAUACCACCGCCAUGGUGCAGCGCAGAGACACUACAAUUUCACCUCAAGGCAGUAAAACAUUAACUCAUUAGUUUGACUUUUUAUCUAACUUUUGGAAGAAAGGAAGUCUUGAAGAUGGCUUGAAACUUUAAUUUUUACAGCUCCAGUGACGCAAUAUCUCAUAAAGGAGACCUAUUACACUCGUUUUAACCUUUUAUUAUCCACUAACACACAGGUGCUUGGCUCUGGGGUUCAGGUUUUUUACAAAAUUUGGCCCCCAUUCAGAGGUCUCUCUCAUCCCAGUUAGAGCUUGAGUUAGCUCCGCUUCUCCAACUCUCACUUCCUCUCUUAAAACAUUACUCAACAGUUUCUCAACCAGGCUGUGGUUACAGGCUGGCUGGACAGCUGACGGGCAUGUUGAGCUGGUGUUUUUGAAGAUUAUCAGUUUCCAUCUGGCACUCUAAGUGUAAAACAGGCAUGUCCAAACUAUUCCACAAAGGGCCGUGUGGCUGCAGGUUUUUCUUCCAACCAAUCAAGAGCAGCAGUCUGACCAAUCAGCUGUCCGAAGACUGAGGGUACCGUAUUUUUCGCACUAUAAGGCGCACCUGAUUAUAAGGCACACCAUCAAUGAACACGUCUAUUCGCGUCUAUCUUCAUACAUAAAGCGUGCCGGAUUAUAAAGCGCAUUAAGCCAAAUAAAACAGUUAGAUAAGUCAAACUUUAUUUAACUCAUUCAAUAACUCAGUGAGGCUACGGUAGCUGCAGUGCUCUGACAAGCUAAAAGGAUUUUAAGUGCGCCUUAUAGUGCGAAAAAUGCGGUAGAUAUUGUCCUGAUUUUUUUUAAUGAUUUUGAUUGUAACAUUUCUUUGCAUAUAACAGGAAAUGUAACACUCUUUUGUUUCAGGUGGAAGGUCGAUCAUCUGUUAUCGAGACGUUCAAGCAGCUGCUGGCAGAGGAGGGCGUCUGGGGGAUGACCAAGGGGCUGUCCGCCCGCAUCAUUUCCUCCACGCCCACGUCGGUGCUCAUCGUGGUGGGGUACGAGACUCUGAAGAGACUGAGCCUUCGCGCUGAUCUGAUCGAGUCCAGACACUGGUGAGAAGACCAGAGACGAACCAGAAUUCACCUCAGUUUAGGCGGGGAGGUACCCGGGUCUGAGUCCCAGGUCUCGCUCGGCUGUGUAGCUGCUUCUGUGAGCCGUUAGUGGAUCCGUUAAGUUCUGAUGUGACGCAGCAGAGUUCAAGUGUUGAUGUUUGUCUUUGGGUACAUUUAGGAGUUGUUGUCAUCAUGUCUGUGUUUGCUGUUUCUUCUGACCUUUUUUUAAAUGAAAGGGUUACCGUGAAACAUGAAGAUAAAAGUGAAAGCACUGAUUGAUAACAGAGUAAAUUAUGUCUCCUUCUAUGAAUGUAGUUGAAUCCAGCCCCCCUUUUUGAUCUCUGCCUCCUGUACUCUUCAUUUGAACCUUAUGAUAUAACCUUAUAUGUGUAAUCUCUAAUACCUGGACUCUAAGCAGUUGAGGGUUUUUAUCUUUUUUCAGAUAUUAGUGCAUCCAGGUCGCUUAAGCUUGUGCACAGUUUGAGUUUACAAUCAAGCCUCUGCUUGUUUUUAAAAAAGGCAGUAAAUCACGACGUGUGUUCGAGAGUUUCCAGUGUAAUGAUGAGUUUUUCGAUUUGCCAAAAAGCGGAAACACAAACGAAGAGCAGAAAAAGCUUGAAAGCUGUGUGCAUUCCAGUGAAAAGAGGAUUUUGUGAAACACUUCACCUUUCUCGAGGCUUGAAAAACAAGAUCUGAUAUUGAUUAAACCAAUCAGUUAUCCUCAAUAUAUGAUGAGUAAAUUAGAGUACUAAAGGUGUAUUAAAACUAGCUUUUUCUGUACACUUUUAGGGGGAAAAAAAUCAUGUUUAGCACAAGUAUGUAUCUUAAAAUGUGGCCCAAGUGUAGCUCAAUCUUAAGCCUUUCUUUAUUGAAUCUGUGUCUGUCUGUAAAGUAAGCACUGCAGGUUUGGAGAUGAAAUGUUGUCGGGGCCAAUCAGGCAGGUUAGUUUCUGCAAAGAUUUUAGUUUCUGUCUGUGUAUGUGGACUAAAAAACACAGUCUGGAUCUUCAAGAGGUGUAGAGACUCAGAGGUCCAAACUUCAUCAACAGGAGGGAUUCAGGAUUUUCAAGUGGAUCACAAGUCGGCUGUGUGAUUUCAACAAUUUGGGUGAUUUGGGGUUAAAUCUGCCGUCACUGCACUGCCAUCCUGCUGCUCUUUCAAAGUGAAUCCACAACUCCAAAACCAGCAGAUACAAGAAGACUCCACAGUUGCCUUCAGCUUCAACGGAAUGAGCGAGAAGUGCAUCACAAGGCUCCAGUGAUAACAGCCGUGAAAUGCAGUCGGAGCGGCACGUACACGCAGCCACAUUUAGCAAUGACUUGAACUGCCAGGAAAACAUCUCCACUGAGGUUUUCUUCUUUUUAUAAACUCUUAUUAGCAGUGUCACAGAAGAAACUUGGACUCUUUAUUUCCUCCAGUACCUGAACUGAUGUGAUUUUAUGUCCUGAAAAUUGAAUAUGAUGAACUUUCACCUGUCUGGAGGAGAGGUGCUACUUAUUUACCAACUACCUGCUGUGUGUGCUGUUAUAGGAGGAUUGUAAAGAAGUACAGUUUGAUGUGUUUUAAACAUGCACAACUUGUGGACCUUUGAUGACAUGUAAUAAAGAGUUUUGAAUCACUGCA